UGAAAGAGAAAAGAAUUGUCACUGCCCGUCUAACUGUCUGACUGUGAGGAGGGGUCGGGAUGAUGAUCCUCGGGUCACUGGCAUGCAGACCAGACUCGUCGUUCUCCGGGUUCCAGAGGUGCAUGUGAUGGUCUGCCGAAGACAACCUGUUCCAGGGCUAGGAAUAAUUGUUGUUGCUUGCUGGUUUGCCGACCAGCGUCUCCUCAUCCCACCCAUGGUAAGGUCUCGUCGUCAGACUCCCGAGCCAGCAACUCCGGCGGCUUGACAGGCGGCGGGUGAACUUAC